AUGGUCUUUAUUCCUGGCAGCCGGUAUUUGAGGCCUGCGACGGUCCUUAUGCAUGAGUUGCUGUGCACGCAGCAUGCCCAGCUCCGGCAGGGGACACCGUCCCCAAUGCGAAAGACUAUGGGAGCAAGCGGAGGGACGGUGGCGCAAGAGAACGCCCCGGAAGUGGGCGCUUGCUCGUCGGAGUUUAAGGACCCAGGAGAUCCAGAGGCAGCCGAUCUCGAGGCGGCAGAGAACCCAGCCAUAGCCCUGGGCGAGCACAGCAGCAUAGCCAGACCGGGAACCCGCAGAGGGCGGGGCCGGUCCCCGGUGCAUUGGUCCGCCGCCGUGUCAGUUUCUCGUGGGGGGUGGCCCUGCCGGCCGCGAGGGGGCGGGACCCCCGAGGGACAGGACCCCGGAGUGCGGCGGGGCGAGGCCGCGCCGGGACUGCGAGAAGCCGCGGCAGCGGCCAAAGUUUGGCUGGAGCGGGGGCAGCGUGCUGCCCAUCCCUCGGGGCGGCCGCCGGAGCCGGAACAGCGCGGACAUGCCGCGCGAGGGGCACUGAGAGCCGGCCCGGCUGGGCAGGAGGAGGGGGGGAGCCCGGGGGCCAUGGGCUCGGGCGGCUGCUCGCGGCGCCACAAGGGGCUGGUGCAGACGGGCUUCCUGCUGACCGCGGCGCUCGGCCUGCUCGGCGGGCUGCUGCUUUACGGCCACCUGGAGCAGAAGGCGCGGGCCGCCCAGGCGCUGGCCGCCACCUAUCGCGGCCAGCAGGAGGCACUGUCGGCGCAGUUGCAGGUGGUAUAUGAGCAUCGGUCCCGCCUGGAGCGGUCCCUGCAGAAGGAACGGGGGGAACACAAGAAGACCAAGGAAGAUUUCCUAGUGUACAAACUGGAGGCGCAGGAGGCUCUCAACAAGGAAAAGCAAGACUCGAUGAACCGCUAUGGGGCCCUGAGCUCCCAGCACAGGAUCCUCAAGAACCAGCAUGAGGAUGUGAAGAAGCAGCUGCUGGACCUGCAGCUACAGCACAGCGGGCUGAGGCUGGAGCAUCGCAAGGCCCUGGAGAGCCACGGACAGCGCUAUGCCCAGCUGCAGCGGGAGAAGGACAGCGAGGUGGCCAAUCUACAGGACACAGUGUAUAAACUUCGAGAGGAAAGCAAGCUCCUGAGGAAGGCGCACCAGGAUAUUCACACCCAGCUGCGGAAUGCCCAGUCCCAGAUGGAGGAGUUCCGCCAGCUCAAGGAAGCCUUGCAGAAGAUGCCCAGCUUCCAGGAGCCUGGGGCUGGCCGGCGGCAGCAACAGCAGCGGCAGCAGCAGGAGGUUCUCCAGGCCCCAAGGCAGCAGGCUCAGCUCAGGAAGCCUCAGGUGUUUGUUGCCACAGGCUCCAGAGUGGCCCUAAGCCCCCAGGAGCCAGAGUUGGCCCCCCGCUGGAACCCUCAGGCUGCCCAGGCCCCAGGGACACGGGCCUUGCCCUCAGCUGGGCCACCUUUCCCAGACCUGAAGUUGCCUUCUUCUGGGCCCCCUGCCUGGCCCCAGAAAUCCAUUGAGGGCCAUGUUCUCCGCUUCACCAGAACUGUUAACAGCCUGCCAGUCAGGCCCCCGGUUCAGCAAGUAGUGGUGGUGGCAGCCCCUGUUUCUACCUCCCCUGAGAGACCCAGCCCAUGGGGUUGGCCCCCUCAGCAGCAGCCUCCCACAGGGCUAGACAGAGGGCCCCAGGCCCUCCCGGCCCCUGGUAGCCCACAGGUACAGAUGCAGAGCUGGCAAGACAUCGUCAACAAAGUGAAUGCCCAAGAGAAGAGCCAACAGUAUCCCCCAAGCAGCCAGCCCCAGGUGCAGGACCAGCCUCUUCCACCCGCCAACCCGGGAGAAGGGGUAGAGCAUCCAGCACCCAACAAAGAAGACCCCAGAAGAGCAGCACCUGAUGAGGAGGAGAUAGAGAUGGAUGCUGGCAUGAUUGAGCGGGAGGAGAACAUACGGCCUAGGAAGGAGGCAGAGGCCCAGGGCCCGGUGGGGCCUGAUGCCCUUGCAGACCCUGCCCACGAUCCCAACAAUCAGGGUGAGGAUGAAUUUGAAGAGGCAGAGGUAGAGCAACCAAGGUUGGAAUUGGGGGCCCUGAGACUCCAGGAACAAGGGCCAGAACAGCAGGGCCAGGCUGGAGCAGGACCCCACAGGACUGGCACAGAGCUACUGAAUGACUACCAGGAUAACCAGGAACUGGAUGAGAACCCUGACUUGGAGCUGGCACCUGAGACCAAGAAUCACCCAGAGACCCCUGGCCAGAAAGACAAUUACUACUGACCCUUCCCUCCCCCUUCUCUUGAACCCCUAUGCUUCCUGUCCUCCUGAAGGGACCCUGGAGAUUAGAGAGAGCGUAGAAGGGUCAGAGCCUAGGCUUCUACAUGAGAAGAAUGGAGUCUAUUCCACCUUCCCUCUGCCCUCCUGCCUCAGCACACACUACAGGGUACCCCACUUUCUGCCCCAGCACACACUCUGGGGCACCCCCUUCCCUGCCCUCUUACCCCAGCACACACCCAGGGUGCCCCCUUCCCACCCUCUUGCCCCAGCACACUCUGGGGUACCCCCUUUCCAGCCCUCCUAUCCCAGCACACACUCCGGGGUACCCCCCUUCCAGCCUUCCUAUCCCAGCACACACUCCGGGGUACCCCCCUUUCCAGCCCUCCUAUCCCAGCACACACUCCGGGGUACCCCCCUUCCAGCCCUCCUAUCCCAGCACACACUCCGGGGUACCCCCUUUCCAGCCCUCCUAUCCCAGCACACACUCUGGGGUACCCCCUUUCCAGCCUUCCUAUCCCAGCACACACUAUGGGGAUUAUUCUACAUUCUUUGCUGAUUUCCCAGGACAGUCUGAGGCUGUGUGGGCCGUACAGCCUUUAAGGAGAACAGCUGAGCUAGGAAAGAGAUCCUUGUGAGCCUGGGCAUCACCCUCCUUCCCUGGCCCCACCCACAUCCUACAAGUCCCCAACGUUGGGAUUUGGGCUGCCCGCGGCCUCAAAGUCAAAGGCUUCUUUUAGAAGUAAAAUAGGGCAGUGGUGCCGUGACUCUGGCCUCCUUUGGAGAGGAGGAUGGGCUGAAAACCAGGAGCCAUUGAGGGGAGGGUGAUGAUUUCAAUUUCCAGCCUGUCAGCCUUGUCUUCAGACCGGGAGAGAGAGACAGACAGACAGACAGACUGCCUCGAGCACACACAUGAAACAUGGGGAAAGCAGCUUCUUUCCUCAGGCAACGAAGCUCAUUGAAGCCCCAGCUGGAAUGGACAGAGUUCUACAGGGCCAAGUCUGAGUUCUGUGACUAAGACAAAUCCAGAACUCCAAUGGGUGCUGGAGGUGAGAGCCUGGGAACCAGGCCCUGGUUCAGUCCUAGGAGCUAAAGGGGAAACCAAGGUGGCUCCUGAAUAUUACCCCAUUUCCCUUCCCUGACAUCUCUCCCCUCCAGUCACAUUCUGGGGAUUGGAGUCUAAGGGGUGGACUAUCAUUCUGCCCACCUCCAGGGGCCCAGCAGGAUAGAGAGAAUCAGACCCUAGGUGGGGGUGUCAGACUUUUAGCUAGAUUCUCUGUGGCCAAGGUCCAGUAGGGUAGCGGGUCAGGCCUUGGAUGGAGGCUCAGCCCUGACGUAGGACAUUCUGAAGCUAGGUGGUCCAGAGCUUCUCUGUACAUAAUGUAUAGUCAAGCCUUAAUAUCCAUUUUGUACACACAGAAAAUAAAAUUUUGAGUUAAA